UUUUCAUGGCAACAAAUAUAUAUUCUUUCUCAUUUCAAUUUGCUUUCAGAUGCAUCGAGCAAAGCGCUGGACAUCAGAUGGUGAAAGAUGACAAUUUUUGUGAUAUGCCAAUAAUUGCUGAUGGAAGACUUACCAGAUGUAGAAUUGGCCAUUUCUUGAAACAGGAUAUCACAAAUCCUGUCGUUCUUUCAUUGUAUCCUAGCUCUGCGUUGAAUACAAACUAUCCUUUGAAAAAUCUAAAGAAGUACAAAAAGAUGGAGUACCCGGUGAACUCACUUGAUAUAGCUGCUGUCUCGGUAAUGAAGAUGAUUGCAACGAUCGGCUCUGGGGUUCCUGUUUUAGUGUUUGAAAUCCCUAAGAAUCUGAAUUCCCUGGAGGCACACUGGAGAAGUUGGGUGCCCUAUUAUGAAGAAUGUACGGAUAUCAGGAUUCUAAAUCAUGAAAAUCUUGCUAAGAUUGAUGAUGGCUCGUUAUUUGCCGUAUUCCCAUGUGCACAGAUCCCAGCUCAGAAGCAUGCGAUUAAUCCUGAUACAUUCUACGAAAUUUACUCUAAGACCUUCAUCCCAAAAAUCAAAAUCAAACAACCAAGCGGCAUGACGAAAAAAGAAGCAAUGGCUCCAUGUGUGAUUAAAGUUCCAAUCGCCGACGGUUCUGAGGGUGUAAAGAUUGUGACAAGCGACCAAGAAAUUCUUGAAUAUGAAGAAUGGGUUAAGAAAGUGGGUUGGGCAGGAGACCUGGUCUAUCAAGAACUUUUGACUGAUGUAAUAGCUGAUCGAGGAGUCCAGGUAUACAUCCAUAAAGAUGGCUCCGUCAACCUUGGAGGUUUCAGUAAUCAGACGUAUAGUAGCCACUCUCUAAGGAACUGGAAUGGAGGUAUCUUUUAUAGGACUCCAGAAGAGGACGAAAUCAAUCUGCGUAUGGUGAAAUUCCUGCAGCCUGCGAUCAAAAAACUCCACGAGAUGGGUUACUUUGGUUACGUUUGUUUUGACGUUAUGGAAACACGAAACGGAGAGCUAUUCCUGAUCGAUAUCAACCCAAGGGUCUCGGGAUCGAAUCCCCACAUGUCGAUGAUGGAUGGUAUGGCAGAGAAGGGAUUCCCCUUUUCGAUGUAUUCUGAAUCAAACGGUUUCAGAAUCACUGUCGAGGAGUUAAUAUCUCGAGCAAACUGCCUAAACAAGAAAAAUGAUGAUGCGGUAAUAUUUAUCCUUGGGGCACAAGCUACGGAGAGCGGCACCUUGAAAACUGCGAUUUCUACAUUUGCAACUAAGAAAGAUCAACUACUAGAAGCCAAAGAAAAUGCAUUUAAUUUCUUCCAGGCGUAACGGAAUAUAAGUUACUUUGGCCCAUUCUGUGGACAAAACUGACAAUUGAAUUCUAAUUCCAGGGGUAAUUGUUGCCCUCUACAAAACACAAACAUAUCUCAAUUGAAAAUAACAUUGUUUGUAUAAUCUCUGUUGUACAUGUUGAUACCAAUACGCUGAUUAUCCCUCGUGGUUUGUAGCCUAUUUCAGGAUAACGCUCUUAGAAUUUAAAAUGGCUGCUAUAUUAUUUGAAAUACGCCUGGAAACGCUCUGACGUAGUCAGAAGUUCUAUUUUCAUCAGAAAUAAAUACCGAUAAUUCGGUGUACUGGAAUAAGGAUACAGCUCAGAAAACACACGUUUAGUACAAGCCACAAUUGGCAACAUUCAAUAAAAAGAAUUGUAACACAGCACUCUAUAUAAUACCAAAUACGAUAUCACAGGCGUAGCCAGGGUGGUGCGAUGGGUGCGAUCACCCCCCCCGCCCCCAUAGCCAAUGAAAAUAAAACCAUGGAAAAGAAGGAGAAAAGGACUUUAAAAUGCUUUUUAUGGAUAUUGUAUGAAUUAAGCUAAUACGAUAAUAAUUAAAGUGGCCUACUUAUAGUAAAUAUAUUUUGAUUAACG